AAACAUGUACGCAGUUUCCGUUUCGUUUCGUUUCGUGAAUGAAUCAAACCCAGUUCACGUUCAUUCUCUGUUAUCUUAUAUAUACACAUUGCAUAGCAUAACCUUCUUCACAACCCUCAUUUCAACACAAUCAUCACCAUGGCUCUCUUUCAAACUCUCUACCUUUCCCUCGCCCUCUCCUUCUUCUUCUUCGCUCUUUCCGCCUUCGCCCUCGACAUGUCCAUCAUCGACUACGACGCCAAGGUUGAAGCCAGAACCGAGAAUCACCUCAAGAACAUGUACGAGGCGUGGCUUGUGAAGCACCACAAGGUUUACAACGCGUUGGGGGAGAAGGAACGCAGGUUUGAAAUCUUCAAGGAUAAUCUGCGUUUCAUUGAUCAUCAUAACAAUAGGGAAGGUGAGAAAACCUAUAAGUUGGGGCUUAACAAGUUUUCUGAUCUCACCAAUGAGGAGUACCGGGCCAUGUUUUUGGGUACCCGAACCCGAGGUUCACGUGGGUUGCUAUCUGGGUCGAAGAGGAGUGAUCGUUAUGGUUUUCGUGAGGGUGAGGAAUUGCCAGCUUCGGUGGAUUGGAGGGAGAAAGGUGCGGUUGCUCCUGUUAAAGAUCAAGGCCAAUGUGGGAGUUGCUGGGCAUUUUCCUCGGUUGCGGCGGUGGAGGGGAUCAAUCAAAUUGUGACAGGUGAUCUCAUCUCCUUGUCUGAGCAAGAGUUGGUGGAUUGUGAUAGAGGUUAUAACAUGGGGUGCAAUGGAGGUCUUAUGGAUUAUGCUUUUGAGUUUAUCAAGCAAAAUGGAGGCAUUGAUACCGAAGAUGAUUACCCCUAUCGUGCUCGCGAUCAAACCUGUGAUACAAACAGGAAAAAUGCUAAGGUAGUCACCAUUGAUGGAUAUGAAGAUGUUCCGGAAAAUGAUGAGAACUCCUUGAAGAAGGCUGUUGCACACCAACCUGUUAGUGUUGCCAUUGAAGCCGGUGGCAGGGCAUUUCAACUUUAUGUCUCGGGUGUUUUCACUGGCCUAUGUGGAACAGAACUUGACCACGGUGUGGCCGUAGUUGGAUAUGGAACAGAGAAUGGUACUGAUUACUGGUUAGUGAAGAAUUCAUGGGGUGCAGAAUGGGGUGAGAAUGGUUACAUCAAACUGCAGAGGAAUGUGCAAACAACCAAGACUGGCAAGUGUGGGAUUGCAAUGCAGGCAUCAUACCCCAUCAAGAAGGGUGCAAACCCGCCAAAUCCUGGUCCUUCUCCUCCAUCUCCUGUAACUCCUUCAACAGUGUGUGAUGAGUACUACUCUUGCUCAGCUGGAACCACAUGCUGCUGCCUCUUUGAGUAUGCAGGCUUCUGCUUUGGAUGGGGAUGCUGCCCUGUUGAAUCUGCAACCUGCUGUGAUGAUGGCUCUAGCUGCUGCCCCCCUGAUUACCCUGUCUGUGAUACUCAAGCUGGAUCUUGCCUAUUGAGUAAAAAUAACCCCUUUGGAGUUAAAGCUUUGAGGCGAACACCUGCUACAAGCACUUGGAGCAUAAGGAAAGCUGGCAUGAGAAGUAAUUGUGCAUAAGUAUAUGUAACUGUGACCUUGCUGGCAUUUUCUUGAUGUGGUUGGUGUUGGACUCCAUUAGUAAUUUAGUAUCCAGAUUAAAUUUAAUGGAAUAUUUUCAUUUGCAAGCUGAUUGCUGUAAAUAGCUCAAGAACUGCUCAAGCAGUAUGCAAUUUGGAUAUUGAUGCUUUUAAUGGAUGUGUAUAUAUUUGCAAAUUCUUGAUUUAUUGUGUCACU